AUGCCACGUGGAACCAACAAGGAGAGCUUGAAGGCCGAACUUCUUCUUGCGGGAGAAGAGGUUCCGACGCGGUGGACCAAGAUGGACAUGGAGCAGCGCCUUCGAGAGCUACGCGAACAAGGUCUGGCGGACUCCGAGGAGGUCGCCACGAUGACCACGAUGGAGAGUUGGAACAAAGACCUGCGCAAGGCGGCCCGAAAGAAGGCCACUCUGGUCGAGUUCUGCCAGAACAAGCUGAUGCUCGACAUCACGGGGAACGAGGUGAUGUCGGUCUUGGAGAGCAGGGCCCUCAGGGCGAUCAUGGCGCAGACUCCCGCCGAGGCGGGGGACUAUGUGGGCUUUGGCAAGCACGCCAAGGCCCAAAAGAUGGACAACCUCGAGAUGAGCAAGGAGCCCAUCCCGUUCCCGAGCAAGGGCUACAUGAUGUACCGCAAGGGUCUGGAAAAAGGGGCCGGCAGCGGAGGCAAGUCCGGUUCCUCAGCCCGGGGCAGCCAAGAUGUGGCGGAUCAUGUGGACAAGAGUGCCAAGGAAAAGGAUCGUCAGAUGGCGAUGAUGGCCGAGACCUUGGAGAUGCUUCGGGCGGAGAUGUCCGAGCUGAAAGCGGAGCGACCGCGGAAAACAGUGGUCAGGACCGAGGACGAGGGCAUGACGGACGGCUCCUUCAAUGUGGUCUCCGACGGGGAACCCACCAAGAGGGGCUCCAAGAGCUGA